CAGACUGUACGGCGAACGUUAUAACACGUGGUGUGCCGGCUAUUUGGCCACGUGCUUCCGUGUUUUGACAUGCCGCUGGGCCCGCCGUGAGGUAGAGAGAGUGGUGUUUUUCGGUGGUUGUGCCCGGUGCUGCGCAUGGGACCGUCCCGACGAAAGGACUGCUACAUUGUCGUCGGGGAUUUUCUGCGUUGACCAAAAUGAUUCGUGGAUUGGUUUUUCUAAUUUUGUUCUAUCAUUGGCCGUACUUGUGUGCUGUGGUUGGCGAUGACGUGGACGAAGACACGUACGAGUUGCCGCCCUCAUUUGCCUUAGGAGCUAAUAUUGAAGUUUCCGAAUAUGACCUGUUGGACGCCGUCAAAAUCCCGUUCGUCGACUCGAAAACCCAAUACAUCGACGAGGACGGUCACGACGGCUUCCCGGCGUUCGGAUUCAGAGCCGGAUCGGACGUAAAGAUCGCCCACCGGCAAAUCCUGCCGGAGAAACUGUCCGCCGAAUUCUCGAUCCUGAUCAGCGCCAAACCUCGAAGCCGUCGCGGCGGCUUCAUAUUCGCCGUGGUCAACCCCUACGACACCGUUGUGCAACUGGGGGUCAAGAUCACGCCGGAGGGUACCGGCUCCUUCAUCAUCUCCCUGUUCUACACGGCCGCCACAGAGAUCGUAUCCCAAACCAUCGCAAAUUUCACCGUUAACAGGUUUUACGGUAAAUGGACAAGGUUCGCGUUUAAGGUGACCGCCGAAAACGUGACGUUGUAUUUGAACUGCAACGAGACGGAAACGUUGGCGGUGAAAAAGGAUCCGGCGGAGUUAGUCUUCGAUUCCGCUUCGACGCUGUACAUAGCCCAGGCGGGUCCGACACUCGGCGAACCCUACGAGGGCGCCUUGGAUCAAGUGAAAAUUUAUCAGGAUCCUAAGAUGGCAGCGGAGCAAUGCAAAACGGAUUUCCAGGGUUUUCAAUCCGUUCAUCCGGAUGAAACUGAUGAAAAUCAAAACGUUGUUCAAACGGACUACGAUCAGAAUUUCAAGGAGGGUAGCGGAACCGAUGGCUUAGGGGUAUUUCCGCCACCGCCGCCGCCUCCGGAUGGUAAGGCUUGCCUAUGUGGCACAGAGAAUUGUUGCAAUUAUCUUUUUAAUGAUGUGCAAGCUGCCGGACGUCUAAGAGGAGAAAAAGGAGACAGGGGUCCUAGAGGCCCACCUGGAGAAUCAAUCAGAGGACCGCCGGGGCCACCCGGACCUCCCGGCGUCCCUGGACCAGCCGCCCCUGAGGGCGUCUGCACAUGCAACAUAACAUCCAUCCUAAAUUCCCUGGGAACAUCCAACCUGCCCUUCUCACCGGCCCAUCCGGGGGCGGACGGCAAGACUGGACCUCCGGGUCCUGCCGGAAGACCCGGAACGCCCGGAGAAAAGGGACCCAUGGGUCCUAGGGGCGAGAAGGGAGAACGCGGCGAAAAGGGGGCGCAGGGACCGGAAGGACAACAGGGCAAACGGGGCGAGGACGGAAAACACGGUAAUCCCGGACCACCCGGACCUCCGGGACCUCCAGGUCCUCCGGGUCCAGUCGAGUUUGAAAACGUGGACCCCAGCUGGAAGCCUCGCGGACCUUUCAAGGAAACCGUGUUGGGCGGCUCGAUGGUGCGACCGGGCGUGCCCGGAACCAAAGGCGACCCAGGAAAACCGGGACCCUUGGGUCCAAGGGGCGAACGCGGCUUGCAGGGUCAGAAGGGCGUCAAGGGCGACUUGGGACCGAAAGGCGAACGGGGCGAUCGCGGCCUGCCCGGCGAGACCGGAGCGGUCGGGCCCAAGGGCGAGAUGGGGCUGCCCGGAGUGGACGGCAUACCCGGCAUACACGGCAAGAACGGCGAGAAGGGAGACAAAGGCGAUCCCGGCAAGCCCGGUCCUCCGGGCGCACCAGGACUGUCGUUUGCGACGGACGAAUCCAUGGGCAUUGUUCAGGCGGUGCAAGGGCCGAAGGGCGAAGCUGGGGAACCGGGACCUCCUGGAACGAACGGCAGAGAUGGAGAACCGGGUAUUCCCGGCGUACCUGGUUCGAUGGGGCCGAGCGGUUUGCCUGGACCCAAAGGAGAACCUGGUUUGGACGGAGCGAUUGGUCCCGUUGGACCGCCGGGGGUUAAGGGAGAGCCUGGACCACCUGGUGCAGUCAUUAUGCCCGAUGGAAACGAACAAAUACUGACGAUAAAGGGAGACAAAGGUGAUAUGGGAAGGCGUGGACGCAGAGGAAAACCUGGUCCAUCUGGACCACCAGGUAAACCGGGACCUCCUGGAGAAGUUGGACUUCCUGGUUGGAUGAAUGGACAAAAGGGUCGGUCUGGACCUACUGGAUAUCCGGGACCCAAAGGCGAGAAGGGCGAACCUGGCAAUUAUGGAAUGAACAAAGGGGAGAAGGGCGACCGGGGCCAAGACGGAACGCCGGGCCGCGACGGCCAGCCCGGUCCGCCGGGUCCUCCUGGACCGCCGCAGGGCCGCAACGGCGACGAUCCCGUCCGAUUCAUACCUGUGCCAGGACCACCCGGACCACCCGGACCCCCCGGACCGCCGGGCAUGCCCGGACUCACGAUCACGGGGCCUAAGGGCGAGCCGGGCGGCGGACACUACGGCGAGCCCACCUACAAUCUCAGACCCGGAGGAAAAGGCGGAUUAGAGGAGCUAAAAGCAUUGCGAGAACUUAAAGACCUCAAGGAUCAUCACACAGGACGCUCGACUAUGAGCCCGCCUUUGGCGGCGCCCGAAGCGGAAGCGCUGAGCGCCCACAUCGUCCCCGGCGCCGUCACGUUCCAGGACCGGGACGCCAUGACCAAGAUGUCGUCGGCUAGUCCGGUGGGAACGCUGGCCUACAUUAUCGAGGAAGAAGCGCUGCUCGUACGAGUCAACAGCGGAUGGCAAUACAUCGCGCUGGGUUCACUGUUACCUGUUACGACUCCGGCACCGCCGACUACAAGCAGUCCUCAACUACGGCCACCUUUCGAAGCCAGCAAUCUUAUCAAUCACGUAUCGAAGCCGACACACGUCUCAAAUUGGUACCCAAAAAUGUUGCGAAUGGCGGCGCUUAACGAGCCCUACACCGGCGACGUGCACGGCGUCAGGGGCGCCGACUACGCCUGCUACAGGGAGGCGCGCCGUGCCGGCCUGAGAGGCACCUUCCGCGCCUUCCUGUCGUCGCGCGUCCAAAACGUCGACUCGAUCGUGCGGCUGGCCGACCGUAAGCUGCCCGUCUCCAAUCUGCGGGGCGAGGUGCUCUUCAACUCGUGGUCGGAGAUGUUUGGCGGCGACGGGGCGCCGUUCCCGCAUCCGCCGCGCAUCUACUCCUUCAACGGCAAGAACGUACUCACAGAUCUGUCCUGGCCGCACAAGGCCGUGUGGCACGGAGCGUUGGUAAGCGGCGAACGAGCCUUGGACACGUCCUGCGACGCGUGGCACGCCUCCUCCAGGGACAAGGUCGGACUGGCCGGCUCCCUCAAGGGCCCCCGGCUGCUCGAACAGUCCCCCUACACUUGCGACAAGCGGCUCAUCCUGCUUUGUAUUGAGGCCACCACCGAGCUGUUCGUACAAAGGAGGCGCAGGGACACGGACAACGGGGUUGACGAUCCACUGCUGACCGAGGAAGAGUACCACAACCUUCUUCAUUCCAUUCAUUAAACAUCACCUAGCAGAUUUAGUGAAUAUUUGUUCCAUCCAUAUUUAGGCGUACUUACACUUCAUCUACUCAAUGGUUUUUCUAAUCGUUUUGUUCGCUCUUUAAAACUUAACCCAACAAAAAUAUGUCAUUUGUAUAUAAUUAUAAUUUUGUUAGGAUUAUUUUACGAGCCACUUAUAAGCACCACAGGCUAAGAUAACGGUGUUUAUAACGGCCGAAACUCCAGGGUGAAAAUGAUAAUUUCAACAUAUCACAAAACAUAUCGUUUUCUGUUGUAUCUUAAGUACUAAACGUUUAAAUGUGCCCUGGAUAUUGCAUUUGUAAACUUUUGUAUAUGAUUUAGUUAUUACAAAGUCGCCGAGCGAAAAUGAACCGACAAAAUUAAGUUGCCCAUUUUCGCCCGGCCAAACAAUUUAGUGAGUCUAAUUUAUUGUAUAAAACGAGUUUCUUAAGGAUCGCCACUUUUAGCCUAGCUUUUAUAUAAUUUUUGUAUGUAUAUGUUUAGAUAACCUAAGUGACGUAACAUAUAAUUUACACCCGUAUGAUAUCAGAAUUAUUUUUUCAAGGAAAAAAAUACAUUUUGAUGCAGUCUUUUGAUGUUUUCACUCAUAUACGUGUUCUUGAGAUGUCAAUAAAAUGUGUAGAUGGGGUCA